UCUCCCUUCCCUGUGAUGUACGAAGCACGUUAAUGGCGGCUCCGCAUUUCGCACAAAUCGAAAUUAUAGCAUCUUCACUAAACCCUCUGAUGUAUUCCUUACUCUUUUCAUCUCUCCUAACUCUCUCCCUCCUCUCAUUCGUCUCUGCUAUCUUCUUUCUCAUACAAGCUUCCCGCCGCAGAGCUGCUAUUUACAGGCAGAAACUCUUAUCCGAGUCCGAAACCAAACUCGAGUCUCUAUCUGAGAUUUCUGACGUAGCCCAGUACCAAUCCCUUGAAAAUAACCCGACCCGUUUAGCGAAUUCGCGUCUCUACGAGUUACUGCUCUCCGAUAACAAGGAAGAGUGGGAUUGGGAGGAAGAAGAUCAAGGAGUGCCUUCAAAGAAGAAGAAGAAGAAGAAGAAGAGAGGUAAGAAGAAGAAAUCAGACACAAGAGGAGGUGGAAAUGACGAAUAUAGCGGUGAAAAGCGGGCUGAUGUAGGAGAUGGGUUAGUUUUGAAUCCAAGGUCUUCAUCGAUUUCGGAUUCGGAAAAAAUGAAGCCGGAGUUUGUUUGCUUGUACCCUUUUACCUCGACGACCAGUGCUACGCAGAGGAAGAUUAAGCAGCAAUACGAUCAGCUUGUCAAAUGCAAUACUGCCAAAGGAUUGACUCUAGCUCAGGUUGGGGGGUUUGCUAAUUGUCUGAUACAAGCCAAAAAUGAAUUACAGCACAAGUCGGCGGUAAUUAAGCGUAAGUUUUCAAUAACAAAAGCUCUUCUCUUCAAGGCUGAUAGAUCUUCCUUUGACCGACUUCGUCAACAGAUCUACAAGCUUGAGAUGGAACAAAAAAGAGUAGAAGAAGAUGCACUUGUUUAUAAUUGGCUCCAACAACAGCUAAAACUUUCACCUGCAUACAAAAAGGUUCUUGAGAUAAGCGCUUCCAUGGAACUCAAAAACAAUUCGAACAGCGAGCUAGACAGUCCAGAUGAUGAAUUUUCAGACAUCUCUUUCGAAGAACUAUUGGAACAGGAGAAGAAAGACUCUUUUUGGCAUAAAAAUGGAAGAUUGCGAACUUGCAGAACGUGAAUUGGUGACUGAAACUGUUGUUGCUCUGCCCGGAGAAGAGAACUGAGUUGGACAAUUCACAACUACUGGAGCUAAAAUGAAAUUCUGUCUCGAAAAAAUUUGAGUUGUUUGUUAUACUACAUUGACGUUUUUGGAGGACGAAAGUAGCUCUUUCUUGGGUAGAGUAGGCAACAUAUAUCAUUUUUUUUUCUUGUAGAUAUGAUUUCAUUCGUAAACAAUAAAAAAAAAAUUAAAGAGGUCUUGAACAUAUAUCUUAUGAAGAAUGUGUUUUGUGUACAUUCAACUUCUAUGAAAUUUUGAGUAGC